AGCAGCAUCACCCACACCUGAGGAUCUGAAGCCCCCUUCCCCCAGCUGUGAACAAGUGCUGGAGAACCAGUUGUUUGCUCAUUCUCCAGCUUGUAUCCAUGCCAAAUCCGUGAUCACCCGUCGAUAUCUGCACAAUGUUGGAAUUAACUAAACUCCUGCUACUGCUGUCUUUUCUGGCCUCAGUGGCUCUGGGUCAAGGAUUUUUAAGGACCAGGAACCCAUCAGACAGGAGCAAAAGGACCUUCAAUACAUUUGUUGACUCACAGACAACAGGUGUGACGGAGUGGACAUCUUGGUUCAACAUCGACCAUCCUGGUGGAAAUGGGGACUACGAGCGCCUGGAAGCGAUUCGUUUCUACUACAGAGAGAGAGUUUGUGCUCGGCCUACAGCUAUGGAGGCCCGCACUACGGACUGGGUAGCAGCUGCAGACACCGGUGAAAUAGUCCACUCCAGUUUGGAGAAGGGCUUCUGGUGCAUCAACAAAGAACAGCCGCACGGUCGAAUCUGUUCCAACUAUCAUGUUCGCUUUCAGUGCCCUCCAGUGCAGAGCUACUGGACUGACUGGAGUGAGUGGGGUCCCUGCUCAACCACAGUUUGUAAUGAUGUGGGAGUCCAGGUUCGGCAGAGAAAAUGUGUGAGCGCUCAGCCCAUGCCUCUUCUGUUCGUACCAGCGUGUAUAGGACAUCAUGCAGAAAGGAGGGAGUGCUCCACUCCACCAUGCACAGCCAAGUGGAGCCCCUGGGGGCCCUGGGGGAGUUGUUCAGUAACGUGUGGUGGAGGUCGCAGGACAAGGAGACGAACUUGUGUGAGGACUUCAGAGACGGUGCAGUGUGCAGGAAGACCCGCUGAGGUCCAGAAGUGUGGAAAAAGUCCAUGUCAAGCCAAAUGCCAGCUCAAGUGCACAGAAGGCCAUCCCAGUGAGGACUGCAGCGUUUGUAUGUGUGCGGGCCAUGUGCUGUUCGGAGACAUCCAAACUGUGACUGGAGUCCCUGUGGCAGGGGCCAGUGUGGCUCUGAGCAGCCACCCCAAAGUGAUCCGCACUCUAACGGACAAGAAAGGGCAGUUCACACUCUCGGGAGUCUGCUCCUCCAGCUCGACUUUGAUUACCAUCAAUAAAGAGAAGUUUGUACCGGUUGUCGUCUCUACUUCCAGUAACACUACAGGGAUUUCCUGGCUACGGGCUGUCCUCAGAUCAGCUGAAAAGCCCUACAUCGUGAAGCACCCAGAGGACAAAGUGCGCUAUGAGGGAGGACGGGUGCUGUUGUGCUGUGCAGCUACAGGAUCACCAGCUCCUGACAAAUACUACUGGUACCACAAUGGGACACUGCUGGAUAGGAACGUGUACAAGUAUGGAGAAGACCUUGUACUGCGAGACCUAAAGCUAGAGCAGUCUGGGGAGUACUACUGCAAAACCAGCAACCCUGUAGGCAGCAUCAAGUCAUCCCCAGCUCACCUUACUGUGAUUGCUAAAGAAUCACCAGCAUGCAACUCCUCACCUGAAAUGCACCUCGUCAGAUUACCAAUGGACUGCGUUCAACCUGGAACUCACUCCAAGUACUACAAUGCUGGUCGAUGCCCUCACAACAAAUGCCCGGGAUCCCUCGACUUUGACAUGCGCUGCAGAGAUGGUGCUGGAUUCUGCUGUGUUGUUCAGGAAAUGGAGAGUCGAAUCAUUGACUGUGGUACCUAUAAACUCCCUAUACGAGCUGUGAUACAGUGCAGUUGUCAGAAGUGCGUGCAACCCACUCUUCUGGUCCGUGGCAGAGUGGUGGCAGCUGACAAUGAUGAGCCUCUGCGUUUU